AUGCACGUUAUCAACAACCCUGUAAGUUUUGCUUUUUCAACGAAUUUGGUUUGAUGUUUGAUUUUUACAGCAAAUUCCAAGUGCUCACGCAAUCCGUGAAACAUUGAGAGCUGGAAGUGAGAUCACUGUUCGAGGACACGUCACUCAUGAUCAUCACAAGUAAGAUUUCCCAGAAUAUUUUAUGAAUAUAAUUCAAAAUUUUUCAGAGAUUUCGCUGUUGAAUUAUUGUCUGGACCACAUAUAGUUCUCCACGUCAAUUUCCGUUUUGAACACGAGCACAUUGUUGUUGUCAACACUUCAGUUGCUGGACAAUGGGGAGCUGAAAUUCGUCACCAUAAUCCAUUGAAACACCACGAUCAUUUUACUUUGGCAAUUCAUAUUCACCAAGAUUACUACCAAGUAAGUUUGCGGAAGAAAAACACAAAAGGAAAAACAAGCAAUCCGAAAUUUGAUUGUUUUUCCUAUCCUGAGUAAUCAAAUCAGAAAAAUUCUACAAAUUUUCUUUUUUUUUAGAUUUCUGUCAAUGGUGAACAUUUGUUCGAUUUCCCACAUCGUCUUCCAGUCGAAUCAGUCCAAGCAAUCGGAUUCCAAGGUCACGCUCACGUUGAUGAAGUGUCAUUCACUGGAUUCGAUUUUGGAGUUGACUGGAAUGCUCCACACGAUUUUGGACAUGGUGGAUAUCAUUCAUAUGGAACUGAAUCAUAUGUUGCACCAGCUUUUCAUGAGUCACACUCAUAUAAUGCAUAUUUUUAA